CCAUGUUGAAACAAGUAACUCCAGAAAAGAGUAUUUAUAUUAUUUGGCUUAGCGUGGCUUUGUCUUUUUGUUGGCCACUUCCUGUCAAUAGUAGCAGAAAACAAAUUAUGUGCAUAAAAAUUUUACAAAUUAGUGCCGUUAUUAGCGCAUUUAUGGUACUUUUACCUUUAAUUUACACGAUUCAUUUGAAUGUGCAUAAUCUAAUCAAUCUUUUCCAAUGUAUUUGCUUAUUGAUAUGUGCAUUUAAACAUAUUAUACAAACUGUCAUAUGCUUCAUAAAAUAUAACGCUUUACAACGUGUAGUCGAAGAAAUGAUGACAUGUGUUAAAGAAGAACAACUAUAUGAUAUUUUGUGCAUGUAUGUCAAAAAAUGUAAUAUUUUCUAUGGAGGAACUAUUGCAUUAAUAUAUGGAACUGCAACUGUUUUUGUAUUAGGACCUAUAUUUUUGCCAAUUUCUUUUCCAUGGGGAACAAAAUAUCCAUUUCAAGUUAAUUAUACCACAAUAAAUGUCAUUAUAUACGCACAUCAAUUUUUUUUUGCUUAUCAAUGUGCUGCGCAUACAUGUUUAAGCUUAUUUGGAGCACUUCUUCUUUGGUUUGCAACUGCAAGAUUUGAAUGUUUAAUUAAGGAAUUACAAAAAAUUACAAGUAUUGAUAUGCUAAUCGUUUGUCUUAAAAAAUUAUUAUUUUUAAGAAGAUACGCAGAAGAAGUUGUGAGUUGUAUUCGUUUUUUGGUAUUUUAUGCUAUAGCAAUAAGUACAUUUACUCUGACUUUAUCUGGUAUUAUAAUGAUCAUAAAUUGCCCAUUAUUUAUGAAAAUAGAAUUCAUAACUAUAUCUAUAUCUCUUCUUGUGCAAAUUUAUAUUUAUGCGUGGCCAGCUGAUCACAUGCAAGAUAUGAGCAUAAAUGUUUUACGAAGUGCAUACAACUCAAUAUGGUAUGAACAAACAUUAGAUAUGCAAAAAACUUUGCUGACAAUGAUGACAUAUCAAAAACCAGUAACUUUUUCCAUUAAUGUUUUAUUACCAGAGCUUACUUUACGUUAUUGUUGUUCGUAUGUAUCAAAUGCUCUUUCUAUUUUCACAGCUUUACGAGCUGUGAUAGAAAUUACAUGAAUAUAAAUGUAUUCUAAAUAAUUAUUAAUAUAUAAUGAAGUCUUCAUUAUAAUAGUCAUUAUUAGAAAAUAUGUAAUGAUAAUUAUGAUAAUCAUGAGCA